UUAAAUAAUAAUAAUUAAAUUCAGUGAAAAGUUAAUCGUAGCUAAUCAGAAAGCGAUAAUCAAAGAGUGAAUUAAAUUCUGAUUGAUUGAACACACAACAUUAUAAAGCACGGCGCGACCAAGUGGGCAAAGGAAGUGACAAUUAUGACUUUGAAACUACGCAUAGCCAUUAUUGGCCAAAGCAAUUUUGCCUCUGAUGUUUUGGAAAUAUUUUUGGAACGCUCAAAUAUUGAAAUCGUUGGAGUCUUUACCAUCCCGGAUAAAGGAAAUCGCGAGGACAUCUUGGCCACCACAGCAAAGGCCCAUCAAAUACCCGUCUUCAAAUUCGCCAGCUGGCGCCGCAAGGGCAUAGCCAUACCGGAAGUUCUAGAGCAAUAUGCGUCUGUUGGAGCAAAUUUGAAUGUCCUGCCAUAUUGCUCUCAAUUUAUUCCAAUGGAGGUGAUUGACGGCGCUGCCUUGGGCAGUAUCUGCUAUCACCCGUCGAUUCUGCCAAGGCAUCGUGGUGCCAGUGCCAUCUCGUGGACCUUAAUCGAGGGAGACGAAGUGGCGGGCUUUAGUAUAUUCUGGGCGGAUGAUGGCUUGGACACGGGUCCGUUGCUUCUAACGCGUCAGACCAAUCUUGAGCCAACAGACACGCUGGACACGAUUUACAAGCGAUUCCUGUACCCGGAGGGGGUUAAGGCAAUGGGAGUAGCCGUGGAUUUGGUCGCUAAGGGGGAGGCUUACAAAAUUACACAGACUGAGGUGGGAGCCACUUAUGAUCCGGCCAUGUUUAAGAUAGAAAAUCAAGUAAUAAAUCUGGGACAAACAGCGGUACGCAUUUGGAACUUCAUCAGGGGCUUGGACUCGGUCCCAGGAGCCAUAGCCACGGUUGUUCUCAACACUGGAGAUGAAGUGGUUGAAGAGCAAGUGCGCCUAUUCGGCGCUCAUCUAUACUCGGCCGGUCCAGUGUCAAAUGCGCAGCCCCUGCGUCUGAAAGGUCUCUCUAAGCCAGCUUUGGUUCAUGAAGGUGGCCUACUGAUUGAGGGAACCGAUGGAGCAUUUGUGAAUGUGCGUCGACUGAAACGCGGCUCGAAGGUUAUUGCCGCCAGUGAUUGGUUUAAGCAGGCGAAUCAAGAACCCAUUAAGGACUUCACUGAAGACGAGCUGUCCAAAAAACAUGCUCUUGCUUCCAUUUGGCAAGCGAUUCUCAAAGACUCUAUCGAACCAUCGACCGAUUUCUUUGCUGCUGGCGCUGGGUCCAUGGAUGUGGUGCGCCUAGUGGAGGAAGUCAAGGAAACGUUUGACGUGCCACUAGAAAACGAGCAUGUUUUUAUGGCUCCUGUUUUUGAGGAGUUUUUCGACCAGCUCGUUAGGAUCUUACGCCAGGGAUCUUCGUCUACUGGAGGAAACCGCAAGCAAGUGCCGUUCAAGGGUUUCCUUCUUAACGCAAAUAAGCGAGAGAUUCAAGUCCCAACCCAACUUUUUGUUAAUGGAGAGUUCGUGGAUGCUGAAGGCGGACGGACUCUAGAUAUUAUCAAUCCUACAGACGAAAAAAUACUAGCCAAGGUGGCUUGUGCCUCUGCAGCCGAUGUGGACAAGGCUGUUCAAGCAGCCCACAAGGCCUUCUAUGGAGCUUGGAAGCAGGUUUCGGCCAGACAAAGAGGCCAAUUAAUGCUUAAGCUGGCUGAUCUUAUGGAACAGCACAAAGAGGAGCUGGCCACGAUCGAAUCUGUGGACUCUGGAGCUGUCUAUACUCUGGCCUUAAAAACUCACAUCGGCAUGUCCAUUGAUGCCUGGCGCUACUUUGCCGGCUGGUGUGACAAAAUCCAGGGCAACACGAUUCCUGUCAAUCCUGCACGGCCAAACAAUGUGCUAACAUUCACUCGCAAGGAGCCAAUCGGGGUAUGCGGGCUUGUAACGCCUUGGAACUAUCCUCUGAUGAUGCUUUCCUGGAAGAUGGCUGCCUGCAUAGCGGCUGGGAACACUUGUCUAAUAAAACCUGCCCAAACGUGUCCUUUAACAGCAUUAAAGUUCGCCGAACUAGCUGUUUUGGCUGGAUUCCCACCGGGUGUAAUCAAUGUUCUGCCUGGCAAAGGCUCAGACGCUGGUCAGGCUGUUGCCGACCAUCACCUGGUACGCAAAUUGGGUUUUACAGGAUCCACUCCCAUUGGCAAGCACAUCAUGAAGUCCUGUGCAGACUCGAAUCUCAAAAAAUGCUCUCUGGAGUUGGGCGGCAAAAGUCCUCUGAUCAUAUUUGCAGACUGUGACCUUGACAAAGCAGUGAAGCAUGGCAUGUCUUCGGUGUUCUUCAACAAGGGCGAGAACUGCAUAGCAGCCGGCCGUCUCUUCAUUGAGGAUCGAGUUCAUGACGAGUUCGUUCGCCGUGUAGUCAAGGACCUUCGUUCCAUGACCAUAGGAGAUCCUUUGAACCGUUCGACUGCCCAUGGGCCACAAAAUCACAAGGCCCACUACGAUAAGCUUAUCGAAUUCUGUCAGCGGGGUGUCGAAGAGGGCGCCACCUUGGUCUAUGGCGGCGGACCCGUGCCAAAUCUCAAGGGCUACUUCUUCACGCCCACUGUUUUUACCAACGUGGAGGACGACAUGUUUAUAGCUCAAGAGGAAUCUUUUGGCCCCAUAAUGAUCAUUUCGAAGUUCAAUGCCAGCGACGUGGAUUCUGUGAUGCAUCGGGCCAAUCGCACUGAAUAUGGCCUUGCCAGCGGCGUCUUCACCAAGGACAUUAGCAAAGCCCUCAGUUUUGCCGAUCGUAUAGAGGCCGGCACCGUUUUCGUGAAUGUCUACAAUAAGACCGAUGUGGCAGCUCCGUUUGGUGGUUUCAAGCAGAGUGGCUAUGGAAAGGAUUUGGGUCAGGAGGCUCUUAAUGAAUAUCUCAAGACCAAGUGUGUGACAAUUGAGUAUUGAGAGAUAUAUAUAUAGCAAUUCAGAUAUUUUUGUAUGGCGAGUGACAUUGCAUUUAGUCCUAAGUAUUACCAUAUAAAUACUCGUAAUUUUAUCUAUUCAAUAAAUACAAUUGUAUUCAAACUUG